CCCCGGGUCAGGAAUUAAAACUGGUACUGGAGAUAAAUGAAAGCGAAAGUGCGCUGCGUUUGUUUCUUCAGCUGAAUGGAGGCUGCCGAAACCGCCAGUAAACCGAAGAGAACAUUCAAACUCUAAACAUGUUCUGUAAUGUAGCUGUUAUAUGCUUUUGGUUACUAAAUGCAGGCAGCUUCUCUGCCUGCUUUACCCUGAAGCAGUCCGGGAGGAUGAUGUGCUCCUUUGUGGAGGAGCAGUACUAUUUGGGGGAGAGCAUGGGACCGGAGAUUCAGUACCUCCAGAGGAAUGCCCUGCUGCUGCUGAACAGCCCCGACACGGAGGAGGAGAGGGCAGCCAGGGCCAGAGAAUUCCAGCACAGCGGGGUCAUCACAUUCCUGGUGAAAGAUCCGUCUCUGCAUGUGGCCCGCCACGCUGAUGAGGACACAGACAAGCUGCAGUGUGAGAUGAAGAGGUACAGCACAGCGGGGAUCCAUGUGCCCUGGCCUGGGGCAGGAGGAGUCGGGUCAGAUACCCCAGACAACUGGUUCACCUGCACCAUCAAACACAGAGAAAACCAGUUCAGUGUGACAGCCUUCCUCCGGCAGCCUCCCUCCCCGGAGAGCGAGCUGCGUAUCGGAGACACGGACACCCUGCGUGUGUCGGCCGUGUUCGUGGUGCACUCCGGUCCUACCGUGGUGGAGACGGCCCUGCGGCGAGACGUGCGGCUGGACUGCGGUUUCUCCGUGGACCACGCCAGACCCGACGUGACGGUGGAGUGGCGGUUGCAGCUGCGCGGGGACCGGAGGAAGCUGUUCUCGUACGCGUCCCGCAGCGGGCAGGCGGAGCGGCUGGAGGGGGAGGUGUCGGUGGCAGAGAUCCCUCGCGGGAACGCCUCGCUGCGGCUCGCCGGCGUCACGCUGAAGAGCGAGGGCACCUACGUCUGCUCUGUGUACGUGCCCCCGCUGUACAGCAGCCAGGACAUCCAGCUCGACAUCGUGGAGAGCCCCAGGGUCUCCGUUAGCCCCUCCUCGUCCCUGACUCUGCGGGAGGGGGCGGAGGAGAAGCUGGUGUGUGACAUCGAUGGCUACUACCCACUGGACGUGCAGGUGGAAUGGCUGCGGGAGGUCCCGGGGGAGCGCAGGCUGCCACACGUGGUCAAGCACAUCCUGUUCACCAGCCACCGCCACAACAUGGACGGCACCUACGGGAUCUCUGCCUUCUUCCUGCUGCGCGCCUCGCUGCAGGACCACGGAGUCGACUACACCUGCCGCGUCUCCCACAAGUCCCUGCGGGUCUCAAUCCGUAAGAGCGUGCGCCUGGCCGUGGAGGCUGCUCCACAGAUUGGUACGAUCCUACUUGGAUUUCUAUUCUUCGUUCUGUUAAUAAUGUUGGCUGUUCUGUUGAAGUACCUUCACAAAGCAAGAGAAACGAGCAACAAGAAGAAACCGUACUAAACAGAGAGCAUGAAGAGUGUAGCCGCAGUGCUUGGAUUCGCCUCCUUCCUUCUUUCCUGAGCUCCAAGGCAGAGGGGUGGAUCCGCUCCCUGUGCUACAGAACUGCCACACACUGCUCUGCGGAGAUGUGCAUCAGGUGAAAGGAUGCCAUUGAAUUAACAGCACCUUGUUUGCUGGGAAUGUAGAUUUGCUUGUUAUGAAACUGGCUGUAAAUCUUUGCAUUUGAUUGUACAGCAUUUGAGCUAGAAUAGCAUAUUUUGUCCUAGGAAGUGAAAUUUAAAGCACUAUUUUUAAGUUGGUUUAAAUACUUUACAAAGUGUUUGAUUUUAAGUGGGUGAAUUGAUUGAACUUGAUAAAUAAUAAAAAAAAUAUUUAAAUUUUAA